CAGGAGCUCAACCAAACUGAGUUCGCCAGCAACAGAGUCUACAAUGAGGCCUGGAGUCAAGCCAUCGCUGAAUGGCAGAGCAAGCAGCACCACGUCUCCCGUGUGCCAGCGCUGCGACUGGAGCAUGUGGUCACCCUGCUGGCAUACACCCUGGACUCCCCCCUGUACCUGGAGUUCAACGCAGCCGUGCGUGUGGCCGGGCGCUCCCGUGAGGAAUACCUGACCCUUGUCCUGCAUUUCCUCCGGAGCGAGGCCUUGCGUAUCCUGCGGGACCCCCAGCCCCAAAAAUGCCACAACGUCUACCGGGGCGUAGACAUUCGCUUCACCGCCCGGCACCACCAAUCCAUCCGCUUUGGCCAGUUCACCUCCACCUCCCUCCAGAAAGACAAAGCCUGGCAGUUUGGCCAGUUCACCUCCACCUCCCUCUGGAAAGGCAAAGCCUGGCAGUUUGACCAGGGCACCUUCUUCUUGGUGGAGACCUGCUACG